CAAUUAAUCACAGCCAAUAGUGUCGCAACACUUGUCUCAUCUCUCCAUGCUACGGGCAUGCUUUAUGCCAUUUCACGGAGUUCUUUCAUUCUUCGGCGAGGACGGAACGGAGGGGAGAACGAAGCGAAAUCACUGUGAAUUUUACGUUGAAGUGGAAUUUUAGAGUGGACGCCGAGUAGCCUCGUCCCUAAAUCGAGGUGGGCCGGCUGGAUCGAUCCGUGGCCUCACUGAAUCCGUUUCUUCUUUUUGUUUGCCUCGUUGUUUUUUCCCGCUGUUAUUCAUAAGGAGGCGAAGCUGGCGGUGAUGAGAGGAAGCUUGCUGAUUAACCGUCGUUUGCUACAGAGGUUCCGGCAACUCGCUAUCUCGUCCGUUGGAUCGGUGAAGAUCAAGCUCCUGCUUAGUUGUUGCAUCGGAUUUACGCUUAUAGCGCUGGCUUGCCGCUCGUCGGAUUUCUUGAGAUGGACCAAUCAGAAUGCCUCUCUGGAUCGGUCCUCUAGCCAAAGGAAAGGAUAUGCUAUUUUGAUUAACACUUGGAAGAGAUAUGAUCUAUUGAAGCAGUCCAUUUCUCACUAUUCAUCUUGUGCCGGAAUAGAUUCCAUACAUAUUGUGUGGAGUGAGCCAAAUCCUCCAUCAGAUUCUCUUGUUAAAUAUUUAAAUCAUGUUGUACAGUUGAACUCUAGAGGUGGGCGGAGAUUUGAGUUGAUUUUUGACAUCAACAAAGAAGACAGUUUGAACAAUAGAUUUAAAGAAAUUAAGGACUUGAAGGCUGAUGCUGUUUUCUCCAUUGAUGAUGAUGUUAUAUUUCCUUGCACAUCAGUAGAACUUGCUUUUGAUGUUUGGCAAAGUGCACCGGAUACAAUGGUGGGAUUUGUGCCCCGCACUCAUUGGCUCGAUCAAUCGGAAAGCCAUAGGGAUUACUAUAUCUAUGGUGGAUGGUGGUCUGUUUGGUGGACAGGUAGAUAUAGUAUGGUACUCUCAAAGGCGGCGUUCUUUCACAAAAAGUAUCUCAAACUGUACACAAAUGAAAUGCCAGCAUCAAUUAGAGAAUAUGUAACGAAGAACAGGAACUGUGAAGAUAUUGCAAUGUCGUUUCUUGUUGCAAAUGCAACUGGUGCUCCCCCAAUAUGGGUGAAAGGUAAGAUAUUUGAGAUUGGUUCAACUGGAAUUAGUAGUUUGGGAGGUCAUAGCGAAAAAAGAACACGAUGUGUCAACAGAUUUGCUAUGGAGUAUGGGCGAAUGCCAUUGGUAUCUACUUUUGUUAAAGCUGUUGACAGCCGCAAUGCAUGGUUUUGGUGAUGCUGAGGUUUACACCGUUUCAUUUCCUGAGUGCCCAUUCCUUAGGCGAAAAUGUGACCUAGUUGUAGAGUUUGAAGAGUGCAAGGUAGAAGUCACAGGUUCAAUUACUUGAAAUAGCCUCUCCUAUUAUGUGGGGUAACCUCUACGUACAUCUUGUCUAUCGCCGACCUCGCAAUAGCCCACUGCAGGAGUCUUGUGCACAAAUAUUGUUUAGUGUGGGACGGAGUUAUGGGCCGAUUUAGCAUGCCGCCUCCAAUAUUUUGUAAGUUUACCAUUUUACUAUGUAUUGUUGUAACAAGAGGGUAGCUACCACUGGACACAAUCGCUUCUUCUCGUACUGCAAGUUAAUACUAGGAAGUCACUCAUGGGAUAACGACAUUCUUCAUUGUAUUUGUUUGUUAAGUUGUAUCUGUUUGAUGAUUAGUUCUACUUUAAUUGUCUUUUUCAAUGGUGCGGAAAUGACCGUAUGAAUGAUAAUACUGUAUCAUUUUUGCUGUUAUCCGCAAUAAUCAUAGUCUUUACAGUAAUUUUUAUUUAGCAUU